GGAACUACGUCCAUCUCCGCGGGGACAUGCGAUAAAAUAAAACACGCAGAACCGCAACCCUUUUUUUUCCCUUUUAUUUUGUGAGUCGCCGUGGCUUGUGAAAAGUGGUCGGUGAAGUUGCUUUGUUCUUGUGGUCCGUACAAUGUCAAGCGACACUUGCCAAACAGUUGGUGGAUCUCCUCCGUUUCAGGUUUUCGGGCUCCCUUGGCCGGAUCUUAACGACGGACUAUUCUAUGCCGACUCCGUUUCAUCCUCCGACUCAGAGUUGAGGCUGAUCGAGUUCUACUCUCGCAAGUACAAGAAUUCUGCUCCGUUGCAAGGAUGGUUGCAGCGUAUACAGAAUGGACAGAUUACCGUCGAUGGAGGAGUUGUGAAAGAUCCAAAUACAGUUCUCAGAGCUGCUUCGGAACUAGUCUAUCACAGGCUACCUUGGAAAGAGCCAGAGGCACCGCACUUGCUUCAAGUGUUAUAUGAAGAUUCUGACAUUAUUGCUCUAAACAAGCCAUCUGGUCUUCAAGUUCUUCCAGGAGGACUUUUCCAGCAGCGAACUGUUUUAACUCAGCUCCAGUGGAGGGUGAGCAAGCAGGGAUCUUCCCUAGAAAGCCAGGAACCUCAUGUUGCUCCUGUACAUCGCCUUGGAAGGGGAACAUCGGGAGUGUUGCUUUGUGCCAAGACAAAGGUUGCAAAGAGUCACCUUGCUUCAUGUUUUGCAGAUGGAACAUCUCUCAUCAACAAUAACAGUACAAUCAACAGCGAGCUUAGUACAAGGAGGAAAAUUUCAAAGAUAUAUCGUGCAUUGGUAGAUGGGAUACUCCAGGAGGAUGAGGUUACCAUCAGGCAGCCAAUUGGGACGGUGCGAUACCCUGGGGUGGCAAAAGGGUUGUAUGUUGCUUCUCCCUCAGGAAAACCAGCUUUGAGCAUAGUCAGAGUCCUUGAAAGAGAUAUACAAGGAAAUCACACCUUGGUUCAGGUCAAGAUUGAGUCUGGAAGGCCUCACCAAAUUCGCAUUCAUCUUUCUUAUAUAGGGCAUCCCUUGCUGGGUGAUCCUCUCUAUGUUGCUGGUGGGCAACCAAACUUAUUUGAUUCUGAAUUUGCGGAUGAAAGUUUUGCACUAGAUGGGGGAUAUCAGAGACCUACGAAGCCCGUUCCUGGGGACUGUGGUUACUACUUGCACGCGCAUCAAUUGAUUCUCUCGCAUCCAAUUACAGACAAGGUUACUGAGAUCAUUGCACCCCUUCCACUUCGACUCCAAACACAGAUGGAAAGGUAAAGAGUUGGUCGGCAAUGUUUGGUGCAAAAGGUGGUAGGUUGACCGAUGAGGAGAAUAAUAAUGCCCUUCACGUCAAGUUAAUUACAUGGUUGUUUCUAAACCUAACAUCCGCAUGAAUGCAGAAUCCGAUUAUCUAUUGGCUGUAUGGUGGUCUUUCCCAUCUUACACACUAGUAAGGACCUUUGAAAAACUUGAUUCCA